AUGGCUCCAUCAAAGACUGCUGCCAAAUCGGCCCCUAAGGCCAAAAAAGCUGUCGCUCCAAAAGGUAAUUUUUAAUUGUUGCUUUGGCUUUUAGGUGAUGAAGAUAGCUGUUGUAGAGUCUGAUAAGGUUGCAUAAAUUUAUUUUACUUAAUUUUUUCGUCAGAUACUCUGCAUUUUAAUUGCUUUAAGCAGAUGGAUUCAGUUUUUUUUGUAGAUUAAAUUUGCUUAUGGUUUAGUUUUCAGGUGCCAAAGCCGCCGAAAAGGCUGUUGAUGCCAAGAAGAAGGCUUUGAAGGGCGUCCAAACCAAGACUGUUAAGAAGGUCAGAACCGCUGCCCGCUUCAACAGGCCAAACACCUUGACCUUGAAGAAGACCCCAAAGUACCCAAGAAAGUCGAUUCCUUCUCGGCCUCGUUUGGAUGCUUACGGCAUCGUCAAGCGACCACUCACCACUGAGUCCGCCAUGAAGAAGAUUGAAGACAACAACACUUUGGUCUUCAUCGUCGAUGUCCAAUCAAACAAAGGUCAGAUCAAGAACGCCGUCAGGAAACUGUACAACAUUGAAGCACAAAAGGUAGGGUUUUUGUUUUGACGUUUGGGUCCAUAACUUUUUACUUUUUUGUCGAAAAAUUUAAGUACUUUUUACAUUUCAUACCUAAAAAUCAAUUUUUAAACGAUCUUUGAUUUAUUUUAACUUUUUUUUAAAUAAAAUAAACUUUUUGCAGGUUAACACCUUGAUCACUCCCCACCACACCAAGAAAGCUUUCAUCAGACUGGGUCCCGACUUCGAUGCUCUUGAUGUAGCUAACAAGAUUGGUAUCAUCUAA